CGGAGUCGAAAGGCGCAGUGUUGUGCCGGACACCACACAGAUCGUAGUGCCUUACAGGAUUAUACCAAACAGAGAUGGGCGUGUUCACCCAGAGACCCUGGACGCCUACAAGGAGGCGAGGCCCCAUAGCUGCAGAGUUCGGCAGUCCGGGCCCUGCGUGUGUGGCGCUACCCACACUCGUAGGCCAGGGGGUGACUCCGGAUUCAAAAAAAGGUCGAGCCCCAGCCUUCAGCUUUGGGAGCAGACAUGGUGGGAAGAACGACAGUGUAGGACCAGGCCCUGGGCAGUACAAUGUCACCGGCCUCAGUGCUAAAGGCAAGGACACACCCCCCGCCUCCACCCUUCACUCUCGCCCCAAGGACCAUCUAUCGGAGUCGACCCCGGCUCCUGGUGACUACAACCCAGAGAAGUCUGAGAAAGUCAUCCACGACGCCUCGCCCAAGUACACCUUCGGACUCAAGACUCAAGUCGAGAAGACCAGCUCAACGCCUGCUCCCAACGUAUACAACAUCCCGACAGUUCUCGGGGCGACCAAGGAGGGCAACAAGAAUUCGGCUCCUGCAUUCAGCAUUAGCGGACGACAAAAGGAGUUUGUCGAUGACCGGGUGCACACCCCGGGACCUGGGGCUUACAACAAUGCUAACCCGGACACCGUCAAACCUAAGAGCCCCAGCUACUCUGUCAGUUCACGAUAUACUCUACCUUCCGAUCAUUCGACCAAACCUGGCCCCGGCGCGUACUCUCCGGAGAAGAUUAUCAAUUCUUCUACUCCGUCGUACACCAUGAGUGGACGUCAUGAGGUACAAAACAGAGAAGAUAUUCCCGGACCUGCGGCUUAUUGUCCAGAGAAGGUAUCUACAAACAACAUGCCUUCAUAUACUAUCGCAGGAAGACAUCAAGUGCAAAUGAAGGAAGAAGUUCCCGGACCUGGGACUUACUGUCCCGAGAAGAUCCCUACUACUAGCACCCCAUCGUAUUCUAUUCUUGGACGACACGAAAUUCCCAACAACCGAGAAAUUCCUGGACCUGGAACAUAUUGUCCGGAGAAGAUGUCCACAAUCACUACACCAGCCUAUACACUCGGUGGCCGCCAUGACCCACAAAACAGAGAAGAAAUACCCGGACCUGGCGCUUACAGUCCUGAAAAGAUGUCCACAAUCACCACCCCAGCUUACACUAUCGCAGGCAGACACGAUCCACAGAACAAAGAGGAAGUUCCCGGACCUGGGACAUAUUGUCCAGAAAAGAUGUCCACAAUCACUACACCAGCCUAUACACUCGGUGGCCGCCAUGAUCCGCAAAACCGAGAGGAAAUACCCGGACCUGGCGCUUACAGUCCGGAAAAGAUCCCCACGAACAGCACCCCAUUUUACACAAUUGCUGGAAGACAUCAAAUACCGAACCACGAGGAAAUUCCAGGACCUGGGGCGUACUGUCCUGAGAAGAUGUCCACUAACAGCACCCCAUUUUACUCCAUCGCUGGAAGACAUCAAAUACCGAACCAUGAGGAAAUACCGGGCCCUGGCACUUACUGUCCUGAAAAGAUGGGUACAAACGGCACCCCAGCUUAUUCGAUUGCAGGAAGACAUGAUAUACCAAACCACGAAGAGAUACCUGGCCCCGGAACUUACUGCCCGGAAAAGAUCCCGACGAACUCCACGCCCGCCUACAGUAUUCUGGGGAGGCACGAGAUUCCGACAAAACAGGACAGUCCUGGGCCAGCUGCUUACUGUCCUGAAAAGCUACCAACAAUGCCUACUCCAGCCUACACCUUCAGUGGCAAAUACUCUAAGAGAUCUUACACUGUACUUCCAGGACCUGGGUCUUACUCUCCGGAGAAACUUCCUCAAGUCAACGGACCUUCAUACUCAUUCGGAGAAAAACAUCAAGUACCUUGUCAUGAGGAGAUCCCCGGCCCAGGCGCUUACGACCCAGAGAAGUUGCCAACCGUAGCUCCACCCGCUUACUCUAUCAGCGGCCGCUACAAUCUGCCGAGUGACGAUGACAAACCCGGCCCCGGCACUUACUCACCCGAUAAGCUCCCGUCAGUGAAUCCUCCAGCGUACAGUAUCGGCGGCCGCCACGAACUGCCUUCUGACAACGACAAACCCGGUCCUGGCACGUACUCGCCUGAGAAGAUUCCGACGAUUUCCACGCCAGCUUAUACAUUCGGUGAAAAGCACACUCCGCAGAACCACGAGGAGAGGCCGGGACCAGGGACGUACGCUCCAGAGAAGGUGUGCAUCGACUAUCCCCCGGCUCACUCGUUUGGUAUCAAACACUCUGCUUUCACUGGGCAACUCCGAGACCAGGUUGUCCAACCCGCGACUUACAACACGGUUAGCUACAGAGAUCUUCCGCAAACUACGCAGCCUUCCCCAGCUGUCUAUCAGCCAGCCCCAGCCAAUCCAUCAGUCAAUCCGUCAGCCAAUCAGAUCGUUGACAAAUUCUCCAACGCCAACCAAUCAAACCAAGUCGCUAUCUACAAACCUUCAACUGUCGACAAAUUUGCCAACCAACCUAAUCAAACUGUCAACAAAUCCUCAACAGUUGACAAAUUCUCUAACCAAUCAAAUCAAACUGUCAAACAAUACUCUGUCAAUCAGUCUUCAAACCAAGCUGUCGCUGUCAAACAGAUGACAAACGGCAACCACGCCGUGAAUCAAUCUUCGACUGUCAAACAAUUCUCUAACCAAUCUUCCAGCGCCAACCAAGCCGUUGCUGUCAAUCAGUCUUCUAGCGUCAAACAGUUCACCAACGGCAACCAAACUGUCAACCAGUAUUCUACUGUCAAACAAUCGUCAACGGUGAAUCAAACGGUGAAACAGUCGUCAGCUGUGAAACAAUCUUCAACAGUCAAUGUGGUCAAAUCUGUCUACAACGGUCAGGUUAGAGAGAAAAUUUGCUAGUCACAGCGACUCUUGUCUUAUAUACGAUGCAGCAACAACUUUUAACGAAACAUUUUGAUUAAUGAUUGGCAACAAUUUCAUUGGCUGAUUCAACAACCUUGAUGCAUCAUUGUAAAUAACAAAAAUACAAAUCUUCCUCCUAUCUACCACCUCUAGCAUGGAAUAUAUUUAACGAGGUGUUAAGUAAAACAGUAGAACUAAGAAAACAAUAAAUUGUAAAAUAAUAAUGGUUUUCAAACUAGACAACUUUAGUAAGAAAUAUUGUUACUGAAAAAUACAUUCUUAUGUUUAUGACAGUGACGUAGAUAUUAACUCACAACGGAUCUAUACAAUUUUUUAACAAAUUUGGUCUGAUUAAAAUAUGAUAAUACAUUUAGAUAAAUUCUUCUUUCUGUGAUUUUGAAAUAUCAAAAUGCUAGAGAUAAAAUUUUAGAUAUUUUGGUUCAUCCAGAUUCAACGAAGAAAAAAAAACAUCAUGUAGGCCUACCUGUAAUGAUGAUUAAGAAAUAUUAUUUUGUUUUCUUGUUAUGAAAAACCUUCACGUACUUAUACGGUUGCAAUUUGGGCUUACCGAGUUAACAUAAGCUAACUAACCUGUGGUAGCUUAAUGUUAGUGUAGUAUCGUUAAAUUUUAAAUUUGUUUCUGUUAUUUUUGAAUGUUGAAGAUUUAUAAUUGUUUAAUGUUAUUUGUAACUUUACGUCUGGUUCAAUGAUUUCUAACAUGUAACAUAGUAGAAGCAAAUUAAUGUUGCCAAAUUUAUCUUAGAGUAGAACUAACUUGCUCUUCCUAUCGUAACAGUCUUGAAUCAUCAGUGCUUUUACUGAAGAAUGUUUAGAUGUUUUUUUUUUGUUGUUCCUACAAUAAAAGUGCUUCUUAUGUUGC